AUGCCUAAAGUACAUGGUCAUCAUGAUCUUGCUUUAAAAUGUAACAUCACUUCAUCACUAAAGAAUCUCUGCAGCAAUUACAGCAUUGAAGAUAAUGCUUGGAGUACAGCUGGAAAUACUCAUAUUGUUGGUAUAUUGCCAAUGAGAGCUUCACCAUUCAUCUCACUUGUCAUUACAACUUCUGAAACAGAAACAGUGAAUUUUACUGUCAGCUCUCUUUCUCAAAGAAUAGCUAAUGGCUCAGUUACUUCUGGUACACCAACACACAUCAGUGACAGUAUAUUAAUAUCCUAUGCUGUUAGUAAUGAGUCUGAUCGAUAUAAAGGUAUACUGGUAUCAACUGGAACAGACAAAACACUGUCAGUAACUGUAGUAAUGAUGGAUAGUUUUAAUUCGGCAGGAGUGUAUGUUAACUAUCCAAUUUCAGUAUGUACUGUGAAUAAUCAUAGUUAUGUGUAUUAUGCUGUGUCUAUUGGUACAACUGAAACAACCUCAUUCUCAUCUCUUCUAAUAGUUUCUGGUAAUAAUAAUACCAAUAUAACAAUCACACCAACAGUGACUGUGACUAUACCACCCAAUCUCACUCAAUCAGGCCAUCAGACAGUUCUUAAUGCUGGACAAUCAAUAACAAUACAAUUACACUACCUGGAGACACUGUUGCUCAAACCAGUUGUAGCAUUGGCUGAUCUAACAGGAACAAAAGUUGAGUCCAGUAAACCACUAUCUGUCUAUUCUGGUCAUACGUGUGGUGUCAUUCCUCCUGAUAGAGAUGAUUGUGAUUUUGUUGGUGAACAAUUACCACCAGUAGUCUCAUGGGGCAAAGAGCUCCUGGUUCAGUCAUUUUAUAAUCGUCAAUCUGGUUACAUAUUGAAAAUAAUUGGAUCACAAAGUAAUACUAACAUUGAUAUAACGUGUGCUGAUGGUAGCAAUUAUUUCCUAUCCCUUCAAGAAGGUGGUGUACUCAAUCAAACUGUAUCCCAAACUAGUUGUUACAUCAAUUCAACUAGCCCAAUACUUGUAGCUCAGUUUGUACUUGGAUAUUUUCGUUAUAUGUAUGAACCUGGUGAUUCUGCUAUGACAAUCAUUCCUCCAUUACAUCAAUAUGGUAACAAUGUAACUAGUUUUUCUCUCAUUAGUCUAUUGGGUGCUCCUGUGUCUGUGAACCUUGUUGUGCUUGCUGCAGAUGAGUCAUCACAGAUACAAUUGAAUGGUACAGUUCUUCCAUCCCUCACAUCAAGCUCAUGGAAACGUUACAAUAGUUCUGUUGGAGGUUCUUAUGUAUUUAACAGCACUAUUAUAGAAGACAUAGAUUUUGGCGGUAAUUAUAUUGUUGAGAUUAGAGUUUGGUCUAAUAACAGUAACGACAAAAUAUUAGCAAUGGUGUAUGGUUUGGGGAGACUUUUUGGUUAUUCUUACACUGGAACUUUGAACCAGAGUCCAAUUGAAGCAUACGAAGGAGAAUAUUGUCAGGAUCUAAACUCCAUAGUCCCUAAUACUCCACCAGUCAUAGAAGCUAGUGAUACUUUUAUGAUAACAGUAGGAGAGAAAGCAUUAUACACACUACAUAUCACAGACCCUGGAGACACUAUCAGUGUUACUAUUGAUGGAGAGUUUCCUUACACACUUGAUCAAAAUGGAUCAAUAUGGACACUUAAUGUAACACUGUCUUCUUUUGUAGAAUUUUCCUUUAGUGUAAUAGCAAGUGACUCAUUCAAUGCAACAUCAGUAAUAACUCCUCAAGUAAGAAUUUGUGGUUGUCCUGCUGAUAGAGGUAACUGUACCUUUGAAGGUGUACAGAAUGCUUCCAGUAAUCCAUUGAUUUUAAUUUGCAAUUGUAUUGAAGCAUACAAAGGAGAUUAUUGUGAAGAUGAUUUUGAUGGUUGUACUGAAGUAUCAUGCUUCAAUGAUGCUACAUGUACUGAUGUACCAGCACCUGGAACUGGUGCCACUUGCCCACCUUGUCCUAGUGGAUACACUGGAGAUGGAUUAAUAUGUGAUGAUAUUGAUGAAUGUGAUUCAUCUAGUACCAGCAAUUGUUCUCAUUUCUGUAACAAUACUAUUGGUAGUUAUCACUGCACUUGUAUGCCUGGAUAUGAGCUUCAUAGUGAUGGAAGAUCAUGCAAUGAAAUUGAUGAAUGUGAGAGGCUACUUGAUAAUUGUCAGCAAGAAUGCAUGAAUACUGAUGGAUCUUUUAGUUGUAGUUGUUUUGAUGGAUUCUUACUACAAGAUGAUGGUCGUAGUUGUAAGAAUGAUCCUAGCAGAGAAUGUUUAGAUGAUAAUGAGUGUGAGCAGUUCUGUGUUUAUGAUAACUACACUGAGACUGAAAAUUGUUCUUGUCAAAGUGGGUAUAAUUUAUCCUCUAACAUGGAAAACUGCACAGAUAUUGAUGAGUGCUCAGCAACUAAUCCUUGCACUCAGAUUUGUAACAAUGCAAUAGGAAGCUUUGGGUGUAACUGUUUAGAUGGAUUUCAACUCCAGUCUGAUGGGUUUACUUGUACAGAUAUUGAUGAGUGUCUGGUGCUAAGCUCUUGUUCAGAGCCUAGAAUAAGAUGUGUGAAUAGUCCUGGAAGUUUUGACUGCUUCUGUCCACUAGGAACAGAAUUUCAAGAUGGAUCAUGCACAGUUAUUUUGCAACCAGUUCGUUCCUCAUCUUCUGAAUCAUUUCAUAUGUCUUCCUUACCUAAAAAUCCAAGUUUAUCAUAUUCUUUUUCUUUCUUUUCUUCAACUACUCCCUCACCAUCUUCUAUUCCAACUGUUCCAGCAAACUCAGGAGUGGUUGUUGUAUUAAAUGGAACCAAUGCAAGCACUUUUGAUGUAGAGAGUUUCAAGAAUGUAACAGCAGAGGCUUUGAAUGAAUAUUGUAGCAGUAAUAACUGUACCAGCGCUUUUUUGCAAAAUAGAAAAAGGUCAGCAACAAAUAGUAUUAUAGAACCUGAUGAUAUAGUUAUUACUGAAACAACUGAAACAAGUAAUGGACUAAAAGUGACGUUUUAUGUCAAAGGAAAAUCUGGAACUCCUGUUGAUGCCAGUGCAGUAGUGGCAGCUAUAAAGGCAGCUGAUUCAAGAUAUGUUAAUGCUGGGUUCACAAUUGCUAGUCUUACAUUACUAAAUCCACCAUCAACUACUAUUGUAGUGACACCUACUGCUUCAGCAACUCCUACAGAUGAUGGACUAUCUGCUGGACAAAUAGCAGGAAUAACAAUUGGAGUUGUAAUUGGAACCUUACUCAUGAUAAUGAUAAUAAUCAGUGUGGCCUGUCUUAUAUGCUAUAGGAAAAGAUCCAAUAAAGUUAUUAAUAGAGAAAAUAAUAGUGACUUUACUGUUGAAAAUCAAUAUCAAGAAACUAUUCCACCUACUCCUGCAGGUUCAGUCCGCAGUAUCAAAUUAAAAUUGGCCCAAGACUUUGACAGUAGUGAUGAAGAUGAAAGUGAAAGUGAAGAUGAUCUUAAGAGCAUCAUUAUGAAUGAAAGAGUAAAUUUAGGUGGCCAAGUUGAAAGUUUUGGUGUGAUGCCUGAAGAAUCUAAAGAAACUUUCCUCUAAAUAUUUUUGUGCUGAAUUUAUUGCUGUUUAGUAGAUCUUGUCUUUCCUUUCUGCAAUUUUAAUUUAGUCAGUGUUACUCCUUUAGUAAGUUUUGUAGUGUCUAUGGCUCGAUUUGUUUGUACUAACACUAGUCUAGUUAUUAAUCUAGUUAUUAAUAAUAGUUUAUCUAUUGUUAUUUUAAUAAACAA